AUUUAGAGGGUGGGGUGAAUGACAGAAAAGGGCAAGAAAGACGAAUUAGCUGCGCUUACGCAAGAAAUGAUCAAAAAUGCAGAGGGCAGGAGCAAAGCCGAUCUGAACACACAUAAAGCAACUAUAAGUAAUGAUAAGGUCUCUGAGUACACAGGAAAACCAAAAUAUUUUGAUAUAUUUGGUCGUCUUCUUCAUUACUUGGCAGAGGAAAACUACGAUGCCAUCAUAACCGAACUUACAAACCUUUAUUUUGAUGAUUUGUUGCCGAUGACAGAUUAUGAUAUGUAUUGCACCACGCCAUACUCCGAUGAGGUAUCGCGGACCUAUGGUUUGCCAUACAGAAUAAAUGCCUCAUUUAUCAGAACAAAGUUUCUUACGUACAUAGCGUGCCAGAAACCGAAGGAAAAGUAUUGCCAGCAUUUUAUUAGGUUUGCCAAUGAUGCGAGUGAUAUUAUCGUGUGUUUGUGCAAUCGCCAAGAUGACUAUUUUACGAGUAGUGCUUCGUCGAGCACAACAGCAGAUAUUUUGAGGAAUAAUCCGGGCUUAGCAACCAAGGAUGGCCACCAAGAUGCAGACAAAGAUGGAAGUGUGUACGUAAUAGAAGAUAUGAACAACACGAGAAGAAUAAAGUUUCUUAAAUGGGAGGACUUUGAUGUACCGCACAGAAAAGAUUUCACUCGUUUCUAUGACGCGUAUCUAUCGAUGAAUAAGUCCGACAAACCGGUGAUUGUGCAUUGUAAAGCGGGAGUGGGACGUACGGGUACAUUCAUUCUUUAUGAUACGCUAGCGCGGAUGGAAAAUGUGACGAAUGAGAUUUUUAUCGAUGAGCUUUGCAAAAUGAGGGAGCAGAGGAACUUCAUGGUGUUUAAUGGAAAACAGUUGAAAUGGUUAGCAGAUAUUUUCUUGGAGAAAACCGAUAAGUAAAGGUGUAGUAGGUCUAUAUUAUAUUGUAG